AUGAGUAACGUUUCUCCAGAUUUGAGCGCUCUCAGUCCUGCUUCCAGCACAUCUGCAGACUCCAGAGAGAAACUCCAGGAUCUGCUGAAUGCUGAGAGAGAGAUCCAUGACACAGCACUGCAGGAAUUACAGGCAAAAAUAGCCAAAGUGAAGAAAGAGCGCUAUCUAGAUGCUCAGAGACUGGGUGAAUUUCACAGCAAGAACCAGCAGUUACGAGAACAACAGAAGAUCCUGCAGGACAAGAUCAGACAGUUAGAGGACAGGGUGCGUUCUGGUCCAUGUGAUCGUUGCUCUGUGACGGAGAAACAGACUAAAACGACAAACACUGAGUUUGAAGAUGCUAAUCAGAAAAAUAUGUCUGUCAUCUCUGAUUUAGAGGCAGAGAGGAAGACUCUGAAAGAUGAAAACAGGAAACUGAGUCUUGAGCUGGAGUGACUUAAAAAGUCAGGUUCUCCGCAGAAUGUGUCUUCUGAGGCCGAGGAGGGGAUGAUCCCAGACUCCCCUCUCCGUCCGCUAUCCUUACCUGUUGCCAGCAAGAUGAAAUGACGGAAAGAGCAGAACCACGUCCGCUACGCUGAGACACCACUAUCACUCUCAUACCCUGAGCCUCAAACAAAGAAACAUUUCAGGACUGUGGUCCCUGAGACCUGUCGUAUGGACAUCUGUCCGGAAAAGUUUGAUGAUAAUGAUGAUCUUCACACUUCACCACACCCUGAAGUCACUGCAGUCCAGAAUGACGAGCCGCCAUCCAUUUUGCAUUGCCAACCGUUGGGUUCUCGAAAGCAGCAGCAGCAGCCAUCCACAGAUGACUUUCCAUGCACACCUUCAAACACAAGUGUGCCAGUUAAAGGGAAGAGAAAAGAUAUGGAUGGCAGGAAAAGAGAGAUUUCUGAUUCCAGCCUGGAUGAUCCUGAUGAGACGGAAAUCAAGGGGAUGAUGUUUGCUUCCACUCCAGCUAAUGAGAGCAAGAAUCAGGAAUCAACGGUUAGACACAGUCAGACAGAAGCGAUGCAGGAUUCAAAGAAGAGGAAAUGUUUGGACCGGCACACUCCUCGCAAAAGCUCUCUUCAGAACCAAAACACGCCUUUUCCAUACGAUGAGAGCUGGAGUGUUGAUCCAGGAGCUGUUCUGGAUCAGUAUGAUAUGGAAAGCUCUCCUCAACCAGAGCGGCAGGGUCUGACGGACUCAUCAGAGAAUAAAUCUUUUGCUUGUGUGAAAGUUGUGCGUAAGAAAGACGAAAGGAGAAAACUGAAAGGCCAUUAUUGUAAAGAGUGUGAAACUUACUAUGCAGGCCUUCCAGAGGAAGAGAGAGAGAAAAAACUGACUUCCUGUUCACGUCAUCGCUACCGCUACAUCCCACCUUCCACUCCGGAGAACUUCUGGGAAGUGGGUUUCCCGUCGACACAGACCUGUGUGGAAAGAGGAUCCAUCAAAGAGGACAACCAGCCGGAUGUGCGGAUACGCAGCAGACGACCGUACCUCGCCAUGUUCUCACCGAAAGCCAAGUCACAAAAACAUCAGCACUGA